ACUGAAGGUGUUGAUGAUACAAUGGGAGAAACAGUAGGGUCCAAUCUGAAUAUGGAGGUGUCAGAUAAUCAAGAUCAGAAUGCUUCUCAAGGAGAAGAUAUGGAGUUUACUCAUCCAAGAGAAGUCCAAGAUACAGUUAACGCUACUUUUGAGGUUCAGGAAAUGGGUGCAGGUUCAGUGUCUGGACAGAACAAAGGAACCAAGAGAAAGGUUAAUGACUCAGCUGAUGCAGAACAGGCUUCGACUUCUAACAAGAGAACUCAAGGGGAGGAUAUCAAUCGUCGACAUAAGAUUGAUAUCAUGUUCCUCGUGGAGACGAAAAAUAAGGAUCACUAUGUACAGAAACUAGAUAUGUACAUUACUAAAGGCCAAUCUACCUUUUGUCUUACCUAUGUGUAUGGUAAUCCUGAGAGAAAGCCAAGACAAUACAUGUGGCAGAAGAUGGAAAAUCUAGUUAGAGGAGGUCUUUACCAAAGCAAGCCUAGAGUUUUUCUCGGUGAUUUUAACGAGAUAAAAAACAACCAGGAGAAUCUUGGAGUACCACCUAGGCCAGAAUGGCAAUUCCUAAACUUCAGAAGGAUGCUAAAUGUCUCUGGGCUUCAUGAGCUAAAAACGUUUGGAGGCAUAUUCACUUGGAUUGGGAAUCGUAGUGUUGGUACUAUUCAAUCCAAACUUGAUAGAGUGGUGGCCACUGCAGAAUGGAAGGAUAAAUUCCCUAAAGCUCGAGUCCAGCUUCUAGACUGGGUUGGUUCUGACCAUAAACCGUUGCUGCUGCUUACAGAUGACAACAAAUGGAGAGGUAUGAAAUUAUUUCGUUAUGACAACCGCUGGAGAAAUAAUAGAGAAUUGCAGCUGACUCUCCAAAACACUUGGGAUCAAAAAUGCAAAAUGUUGCCUCCGCAAGAAUUUCAAGAAGCUCUUAAGAAGUGCAUGCAUAGUAUUUCUUCUUGGAAGUCAGAACACAUCAAUAAGUGUCACCAGAAGAUCCAGCGGCUUCAUGAAGCACUUCAGAAAGCGUAUAACUCUCAUUCUCUUGAUUUUAAUUACAUUACUAGCUUAAAACAAAAAUUACAGCAGGAGUACAAAUCGGAGGAAGAAUAUUGGAGAACCAAAAGCAGAGUAUUGUGGAUGCAGGCUGGUGAUAAAAACACCAAGUAUUUUCAUGCCAAAACUAAGCAACGAAGAAGUUAUAAUCGUAUCACUGCCCUCGAGGAUGAUGAUGGCAAUGUUCAGCAGUCUGAUAAAGAUAUUCAGAACAUUAUACGAUCAUACUUUACUAACCUCUAUUCCUCUUCUGGCAAUGAAAAUCUCGACCUAGUUCUCCAACAUAUCCAGCCCAGAGUCACUGCAGUUAUGAACCAGAAGCUCACUGCUCCUGUUAUGGAGGAAGAAAUCUUUCAUGCUCUUUCUCAGAUGAAUGUUGAUAAGGCGCCAUGCCCUGAUGGACUCACAGCGGGGUUUUUCAAGUACCAUUGGGAAACCAUAAAGUCAGGUAAUGCUGAGGAAUGCCAACAACUUCUUUCCAUACUCAAUGCUUACGCGAAAGCUUCAGGUCAAUAUGUCAACUUUCAAAAGUCUGCAAUACUGUUUGGGAAGACUGUCACUCUUGAAACUCAGCAACACAUUACCACUGCUACAGAUGCUUCCUGCCUUGAUUCACAGUCACGGGCAGGUAUUGGGUGGAUUCUAUAUAACCCACAGGGUCGUCGUGUUCUUAAAGGAUUCUCCUCUGUUGCUCCAGUUACUACUGCUCUGGAAGCCGAGGCCUUGGCUCUUAAAGAAGCACUUUUUCAUCUCAGACGUCUUAAUUACGUGGAUGUUACCUUCUGUGGUGACUCAAUGCUCCUCUAUCGCCAUAUGGAAAAGAUAAAGAAGAUGCCACAUUCUGUUCCUGGCUGCUUGGAAAUCCAAUCAUAUCUGGAUGACAUUACAGCUUUAUCUCUGAACUCUUUUGACUUCAAGUUUAUUUGUAGAAAUGAUAACAGUGCAGCUGAUCUUCUAGCUAAAUCAGUUAGAAACCAAAAUCUUCCUUUUACUAUCUCUUGGGAGUACUAAGUUGUAUGCAGUACUAAGUUUCUUAUAUUAAUGAAAGGUUGGCCGACAAAAAAAAUGCAAGUGUUGCUGAGAGCCGUUGGAAAGAAGAAAGCUGAUUUGUGCAAGUGUUAAUGGGCUUAACAAUGGGAUUUGGCCCAAUAACAGUUUCUUUUUCAC